AACACACCGGCCUUGUCCUUCUUCGCUAUAUAAAUAACCAAGAAAACAUUAAAUAAGUCAAUAUCGCGCUUGACUUCGAAGAUAUGAAAGCCGGCGGUGUCGUUUUUCUUUUCAGCUUGAUGUCUUGUCUGUCUACGGGACUUGGAAGAGCCAUCAAGCCGGGUGUUGACUGCCCCAACGACGAACUUCCCGUCUGCGCCAAGUGCGGCGAAGAAAUGCGGACAUUUUCAAAUUCCUGCAUGCUAAGGUGGGAAAACGAAAAUUCUGGAACGAGCUGCUAUAUCACACAUCAUGGCGAUUGCAGCGAAAAUAUAGCCGAUUGUGACGAAAAUUGUACCGUAUUUCCUGACACUACAUUUUGUGCAAAAUAUAGAGAUUCAUUUAUGACAUUCAGAAACGUAUGCCAGUUAGAGAAACAAAACAGAUGUGCUAAGCAAAACUAUGUAAUGAUCCAUUAUGGCUAUUGUAAAUAAACAACAAAGCAUGAAGAUCAAACAACAAGUUUAAACAAAUAUUGUAAAGUUUAUUAGUUUUUAUAAAUAAAAAUUAAUAUUUAUAGCACAAUUUUCCAUUUUUCACACUCAGUUCCAAGAUUGAUUUGAACGAUUUUAAAGUUUAUAUAUCAUCAAUCGUUAUAUUAUUGAUACAAAACGAUACACAAAAGACUAGUUCACUCACUAAAAAACGUACAUCAUCCAGACGAGAAAAUGACCUCACCCUUCAUUCCGUCAGGGUUCAAUAUAUUCAACAGUGCUACAAGACAUCAAUGAGCGGAAGGAAUUCGGGUGUUCGUCAAGGCAGGAUCCUCUGUCCCAUUCUCUAUUUAAUUCAGACUGUCAAUCUCGAUACAGUACUCCUCAAUUAGACGACGAACAGCAGAGGCUCAACAACGGGUGUUUUGAAAAAAUGCCCAUUUGUAAUGUGUUGGGAUCAAUUCAGGGCCGCUGGAUUCGAACCCAGAACCUAUACCUUACAACUCUUUAACCGUUGCGACCACCGACGACCCUUUCAGAAUCAUCUUAAAAAACUUUCUUCGAACCACGGCACUCGAACUUAAAAAAAAAACAACAGAGUAUAUAAAAACUACAUAAAAGACUGCUUGACACUUGAAACUCUCACUACAAAACAAACGCCUUAUGUACUUAUUACUACAAUCGAUCUGGAUGUUGAACCAAACGUUCCAACCAUCAAAAAAUCCACCCCAGUACAAAAUCCAUAGACCAAGUUCUUUCAUAACCAACCAGAUCACAAUUGUCCUCGAAAUUUUCGUGUCCAGGCGACAUUAUACUAAUCGAGAGUGCCACUUCAUCCCGUGAGCGGAAGGAAUAUUCGGAUGCUUCCCUAGACGCCUUCGAUGGAGUAUGGCAUGCUCUGAAAGCUCAAGGGUAUCUAAGAAUUUAUCAAAUAAAUACUUUCAAAUGCGAAUUGGAACAUCCUUCUCCCUCAUCCACUAUGCCACUCGUUCCUCAAGGCAAGAUCCUUGGUUCCAUUCUAUGUUCAGCAUACAUUUCAGAAAUUCCUAUUCCCCAUAAAGUUCUCGACACGCAGACCAUACCACCUUUCCUUCAUAAAACGUGAUCUAGUGGUCUUCAUAAACCUCCAGGAAUAUCUCUCCUAUUUCAGAAUUCAAAAAGAACAGAAAAUCUUUAGAAUUCACACAAAUUAUAAAUCCUUCCAUUCACUUUCACACUAAAAUCCUACCAGUCCCACGGCAGUUUCAAAUACGAAUCGGAACAACCUUCGCCCUCAUCCACUUUGAUGAUGCGAAUUUUCCUCAAGGCAGGAUCCUUCAUUCUAUAUUUAGUAUAGGCGAUUUGUUUUGACUCCUUAAUAGGUUUGCCCCCUUGUACCACUCCGUUUAUCCGCCACCUUUCGUUGUUCGUUUUGCCUUCGACGAAUUGCUACCAACAAAUAUAUGUCGUUUGGAAUAAUAGGCAUUGUAUUAUGAGCAAAUAAAUUUUCAUUUUCUCCUUUGACCAAAGAAUAGGGUGGAUUUUGUCCCAACAGCAGAUCUCUGCCACGGCGUGAUUACGAGCAGGGCGAGUUACGACGAAGCCACGCUGAGGCACGUCUAUUCAGGAUACACUUCAGACAUUCAUAUCAAUCCCAAUGCAGUAUUCCACACGCAGACGAAUCCGUCACCCUUUCAUCAAACCCAGAACAGCUGCCUUCAGAAAUCUCAAGGACAUAGAAUAUAGUAGUAUGUUUGUAGUAAAUUGCUUCGGACUUCCAAGCAGCCAAGAACUUGCAGAUCCCCUCUAAAUAAGGAGACAACUUAACCAAAGAGCAGACUCGAACACCAACUAUGACGGACUUGCAAGUACAUCCAAGAUGGCAACCUAAGCUACGCUGGCUGGACGGCAUAAAGGAAGAUGCCGUGAACUUGCCUAAAGAUUGGAGAGAAUUGGAAGAACUGACGGAAGCUUUUUGAAAAAGCCAAUACCAAAAAUCUGGAUUGACUCGAUGAUUACAACCGAUGUGGACUCGGAUCCCAUGUGGUUAACAAAGUUUCCACUAGGAAUGCUUUAAUGUUUCCGCCUCCCGGCAGCAGUCAAUGUGCUUGCAGCGUGCAGCACCUCUGGAUAUAAGCAGAGGCUCAACCUGUCUGACGACGAGAUCUCAACCAACCGCAAACCCUGUAACUGCAAGGAUACAGUCAACGUAAUUCAGUAGUUAGGUCCAAACACCGGGCACCAAAAAUACCUAAGAAUCCAAACCAGUCCAAAAUUCUUCGGACCAUUCCCCCCCCCAUCACCACGAGGGCUUCAAAUAACAUUGUGCUCGAACACUGAAGCCACUACAGACGCCUCCAUAAAACUCUGUAUCCUCAUCCUAAUCUCCUCCAACUUUUUUCAUCCUCAACCCUAGUUGACCCUCCAAGGCGAUUAAGCGCCCAUGGCUUCGCUAUUUCCUCCUUAGUUAGAAAGGUGAACAGUUUUCUGCAAAAAAGGAGGAUAAAAAAAAGUUACAAUUUAAUAUAAGGACGAAAAAGUUGCCCAUAGCUCAUAAAAAAUUUAUUUAUUUAUACUUUUGCCACUUAUAUUCAAUUUAAUCAAUCAUACACUGCUGAGUUAAAGAAAAUGUUGAUAUUUUAUUCAAUAUUGACAAUCCCAAGAAGUUCCCUAAUAAAACUGAUUAGAUUUUUAUAGCCACUCAGCAAACCCGAAUAAGUAAAUAGUACAAUAUAAAAUUGGGGAGUAGUUUCUUCAACUAUUGACGUCAAUUGUACUGUAACCGAUUUGUUUCUAAAACAAACAAAACUUGUUAAGUAAAACAAUUCGUUAUUCGAAGUUUUUGGUCAGGUAGAAAUCAAAUUACCUAAUUGGACAAUUUUCUUUCUUUGCUGUGGCGAGGCCAUUAGUGUUUUGAAAUCAGUCGCUCCUUGCAACCAUAUUCACUGAACACAAGUACAACAGAAAGUCAAUAAGUUUUAGCAAACUUUUUAUUUUUAUUUUAGAGUAGAACUUUUUUUAUCCCAUACAGUUUUUUUAAGCGUACAUUUCGUUCGUCAUAUUUGUGUGAUAUUCACAUCAGCUAAUAUUGCAGGGUGAAUAAACAUGAUGCGUCCAUGGAGGAGAGCGGAUUUGUCAAAAGUCUGGACCUGGCCUCACAUAUUUUGGUUCAACAUAUUCGCAUGGUGGGCUGAAGAUAUACAGAACAAGACAUUACAAAGGAUUGCAAUCAAAUUCAGAUUAUUUCUCUUGAUUUUCAACGUAUGGUUCCUAUUUUCCCUCAUGACGAACAAUUUUGUCGAAAUUAGCAACAACGGCUUGACGAAUAGUUUAUUUACGAUAUUCGCCUCGCUGCCGGCAGUGCUGGCAUUUACGAAGCUCGCCUACCUCAUCAAGUACAGAAGAGAAUUGCGAAAGGCAAUCGACGAUUUGGAUGAUUUGCUGUUAGAAACAAUUAACAAAGGUGUUGAUCCAGUGCUCGAGGUGAAGUUGCGGAAACAUUAUGCCAGAUGCUGGUUGCUGUUCUAUUUUCUCUUAAUUGUCGGCUCGAUGAUAACAUUACACUGGCUUAUGAGGCCCAUUAUGCUUGCGUUAGGCGGGAUCAAAACUUCAAUAGUAGUGACAUAUCCUAACAUGAUUGAAACGUGGACUCAAGUAUUUGUGACUUACGUCAUUCAUGCCAUAAACGUAGCAACAGAUGGUCAUGCACUUUAUAUGUUUGAUAACUUUUAUUUCUGCAUGGCUGAAAAUAUUUUGAUCCAAUUUACGAUUCUGAGACACAAUCUUCACAAUAUGAACAUAACAACUGGAAAGCCGGGGAACAUCACGAUCAAAACUUGUGCAGAGCACCACAAUAAGAUUUUGCGAAUAUGUGAAACUCUGAGAGUGUCAUCAGUAUCGGCGAUAUUAUUUCAGUGUUUUCAUACUGUGCUUCUUCUAUGCUCUGGUGUUUUUGAACUUACACUGGGUAAAAAGAAUUUGCAAGUUUUUAUGAAUCUAGCAGAAAUCACACUUAUAAUUGUUUUCAUAUUGUAUUGUUACUGCUGGUACAGCAAUGAAAUAACCUUUCAGUGCAGGGAUUUAUUGCAUUCACUGUACAUGACAGACUGGUUGAAUGGAACGGUCGAGGACAGGAGAAUUGUUGUCACGAUGAUGUCAAUGACAAUGCAUCCUGUUGUUUUUGGUGGAAUAGUCAAAAUCAAUCUAAAUACAUUUCUUGAUGUACUGAAGACGACAUUUUCUUAUUAUAAUUUUCUAACUGCUGUGGAUUUGCAAUGAAGUUCACCUGGCAUACUAAUCAUUACAGUGUUUUUUCUUGAUUAGGUGUACUAUAAAUUUAUUCAUUUCUAUUAUUUCCUAAAAGGCAUUGUUUUUAUAGCUGCUUUCAUUUUUAAUAUAAUUUUUAAAAAUGUUAUCGAUGACAGUCAUAUAUAGAGUUGUUUGUCAAAUUGUCAUAUGUAGAGUUAAUAUCACUUGGGAGAAAUAUAUUUCCAUGAAAAACAACAAAUAAAAAACUUUUCACCUGCA